UCUCUGUGCAUGUUCAGUCCUGAAACUAGAGGCAUGGGAGAAGGUUGGUCCGACAUAUUUGCCAUGAUCGUGACGGCCAAGCAAUCACACAAAGCCGACACACCCACCUAUUUUGGCAGAUAUUCCAAAAACAAUAAUAAUGGCAAGCGUUCCUUUCCUUACACCACUGACAUGCAAGUCAAUCCUUUGACCUAUGGCUAUCUCAAAAAACGUGGGGAAGUCCAUGCUGUCGGUGAAGUGUGGGCUGCUGCGCUGUGGGAAAUUUACUGGAACUUGAUUGCCAAGAAUGGGUUUUCUACCAAUCUGUACGAUGCCAAGAGCAAGGCUGGCAAUAUUAUCACAAUGCAGAUUAUGAUUGGUGGCAUGAUGCUCCAGCCAUGCAACACCAAUUUCAUUGAUGCUCGUGAUGCCAUUGUCGCAGCAGAUGUUGCUCACUAUGACGGUGCCAACAAGUGUGAAAUCUGGAAAGGGUUUGCCAAACGUGGUUUAGGACCUAAUGCC